AUGUGCGGACGAUAUUCUCUCGGUUUACCGCGCCCCAGUAUUCGACAUGUAGUCGGUGAUGCGUCGGACGCGUCGGACGAGGACCUCGAAUGGAUCGACGAGGACGCGUUCACUCCGCGACACAACAUCGCGCCCCGCUCAUACGCCCCUGUUCUUCGUCGCCGAAAUGCUACCGACGGCCGUCUCAGCGACAAAGCGUCAAAUGUUCCAUAUGUGAUCCAGACAAUGAAAUGGGGAUUGGUGCCGCACUGGUCGAAGCACGAAGAUAAAAGCCUGAACACGACUAACGCGCGCAUGGAGAACCUCGUGGGAUUUGAGAGCGGUACUAUGUGGAACAGCAUAAAGGGAAAGAACCGAUGUGCCGUCAUCUGUGAAGGGUACUUUGAGUGGCUCAAGAAGGGUAAAGACCGCCUACCCCACUUCACCAAGCACGCAGAGCAGGGCAAGCCGAUGUUCCUAGCAGGCUUGUACGACUGCACUGUGCUCGAAGGCGAGAGCAAGCCUUUGUACACGUUCACAAUCGUGACCACGGAAGCGAACGAGGAGUUCAUGUGGCUCCAUGAUCGCCAGCCUGUCAUACUGUCCAGCAAGGCGACACUGGAUGCGUGGCUCGACACCUCGAGCCGGACAUGGACACAGAAGCUGACCGAGAUUGUGAAUUAUCCAGUGCCGAAGGAGGUGGGGAAAGUGGGGACGGAAUCCGAUAGUUUCAUACGCCCUAUCUCUCAACGGAAGGACGGGAUCGAAGCGAUGUUUGCCAAGGCCAAGGCCAAGUCCCCAAGGAAGAUCACCUCCGCUUCGGGUGAUGGACGGUCGUUCAACGCAGAACCUUCGUCUUCUGCGCCCGCGACCCCGAUAAAAGUAACCAGCCACAAAAGACCUCGCUCCCAUUCAUCUUCGCCAUCACCGGUCAAAACGGUCGAUGAACUAGAAUCUGAAGAGAAAGUAGAAAAAUUGAUUGCUUGGGAUGAUAGUGGACAGGUGGAAUACAUCGACGAGAAACCGGUGCCUGAAGCUAAAUCAUUACCUCCCGUGCCGCUUACUCCUACAAAAAAGCCUCGUAAAUCGGGUGCUACGCCCAGUCCGAGGAAGAAGGCCAAGAAGGACGUGACCGCAAGCUCGGACGGCGUUCCCAAGAUCACCCAAUUCUUCAAGAAGGCUUGA